CCCUCCUCUAUGGCCAGGAUACCAUGGAUAUUCUCCAUGCUGUUUCUGCUUGUGCUCCACUCUCCAGGGGCCUCGUUGGCCCCAAACCAGCACCUGUGUGGCUCUCACCUGGUCGACGCCCUCUACUUCAUUUGUGGGGAGCGAGGAUUUUACUACAGUCCGAACCGAGCCCACAAGCGGGACCUGGAAAAUCUGCUUGGGUUCCUGGCGAAAAGGGCCAGAGUGGAGGAGCGGCUGUGGAGGGUUCUGUCUGCCCGUGACGAGCCCAAGGUGAAGAGAGGCAUCGUGGAGCAGUGCUGCCACAAGCCGUGCAGCAUUCACCACCUGGAGGACUACUGCAACUGACCACUCCGCAACUAGCACUACUCAUAGCUUGUAAAGAGGUCCGGAAGUCAAUUUCUGUCCCCGACUCUCGCUGGCUAUGUCUUAUCAAGUGAAGGAAAUAAAGCGUCAUGACCCAUAACCCGAGGCUCCUCUCUGCAAUGAUGGAAUGUGUGUUCUAUGUCAGCUGGUGUCGGUGAAAAGCGGGCUGCAGCCGACGGCUGCGGUCCUGGAGUGCCCUCUACUGGCUGAGGAGCGACAUGGCAAAGAUGAGGCAAGCAAAAACCCUGAAGUGAAUGAAUCACAAAUACAAUGGUGCGAAGGAUUAAAAAAAAAAAAUCUUUAUUUACAAAGUAAACAUUUACAGCCACCAUAUUUAAAGAGGACCCCGCUACAAUAAAAACUACAUAUGUACAUAAAAAGAUACAUUUUAUGUACAUUUCAUUUAUGUUUGGAGCUCGGUUAUCCAAUUCAGACACAUCUUGCAUCCACUU